UUGCUGGAAAAGCUCAGCAGGUCUGGCAGCAUCUCUGCUGGCAAAUCGACGUUGAUCCAGAUUUUGGGAGAAGCCAGUAAGGAUUGGGAUGUAGUUGCUGAGCCCAUCGCUCGUUGGUGUAAUGUGCAAACAGAGGGAGAUGAUUCUGAGGAGCUAACAACAUCGCAAAAGAGUGGAGGGAACCUGCUGCAGAUGAUGUACGACAAACCAGAACGCUGGUCCUUCACCUUUCAGAACUACGCCUCUUUAAGCAGAGUACGGUCACAGCUCAAAUCCCUCAGCGACAGAGUGAUAGACUCAGCCCAGCCAGUUCAGUUCUUUGAGCGCUCUCUGUACAGUGACAGGUAA